AUGAGAGCUCUCAAUUUUUUCAUAUUUGUUAGCUUUUUCUAUUCAACUUCCUCGUUUUCAUGUCCAAAUGGGUACAUUCAAAUACCAAAUGAACACAAAUGCGUUUAUGCACAAAAUAACUCUCAAUAUUAUCCACGAGCUGUUCGAGAGUGUAAUAAACUUGGUGGUGAUGUGGUGAAAAUCGAGAACAUUUUCGAGAAUUCGAUACUUUUCGGAUUACUGGGAGAAUAUUUUAACGAAGCUGCCGCAUACAUUGGCGUUGAAAAGUUACCGAACGGAACGUGGGUUUAUUCGGACGGAGCACGGCUCACUUACACAAAUUGGGCUCCAGGGCAACCAACGAGCACGAUCAAUGCGACAAUUUGUGCAAUAAUUGACCCUCAAACGGCUCAAUGGAGAGCAGCUGAAUGCUCAAUUGCGAGACCAUUCUAUUGUCAAAUUGAUGGAAAUCAGGCCGAAUGCGAUCCGGGAUGGGUUUAUUUUGAUAAAACUGACAGCUGUUACUAUUUACAUAAUUUCACUUUACAAGAUGGUUUCCAUUGGCAACUUUAUUCGUGGGACGAUGCAGAAGGGAAUUGCCGUCAAAUGAACAGUCAUCUUAUAUCGAUUCACACAACAGAUGAAGAUGAAUUCGUUUAUGAUCUUGUUCACACAACUUUUCCCGCCGAUCCAAACCCCGAUCCGGCUCCAACCGAUCAAAAUUUUGAAAAAAUUCGAAUUAUUGAAACGAUUCAAGUCACAUUGCCGAUGGGAUCGAUUCCGAGAAUUGCGGCUCGUCUGAAUUCGAAAACUGAAGACACUUUUCGAUUGAUUUUGGUGAAAAACACUCUGCGUGAUGAAGAGGAGCAAAUUUUGGAGAAAAAUCUAAACGAGAAGUUUCAAAGUUGUAAAUCGAUUCAGUUAAACAUUCCGAUUCGGCCAUAUUUGACUCAAUUGUCGAAUGACAAUCUGGAAUUGUUGGUGGAAUAUUGCGAGAAAUGGGAUCAUUUCACGGCAUCCAUCGAACCACUGUUGAAAUUUGGGAUUUCCGACAGAAUUGGAGUGGCUUUUUGCCUGAAAGAGGGGCCGUCAAGGUGGAAUUCUGGGUUUGCAGCGGUGCAGAAUUUUUUGUCGGAAAAACAUGAAAUGAAUGCAUUUCACGAGCACUCGAUUGAGGCUAUGGAGUUGUUGCUGAAGUUCUUCGAGGGGACUGUGAAGAAUCGCCUUUUGCUGGGGAAAGCGGUGCGACGGUUGGAAUCAAAGGCUUGUUUCAGAAAAACCCUUCUCGGUCGCCGUGGUGAACUGUUUGUGAUGGCCUCCGUUCUUGACACCAAUCAACUUUUCGUACUUUUGAGAUGCAAUCGAGAGAAUAUUAUUGAUCAACCA